UCCUUUCUCGAGAAUUUCCUGUUGGGGCCACGCGCCCGCGUUUGGCUAGACCUACAGAAACACACUCCGCUCAACCUCACCUCGCAUGAGCUCUGCCGGGAAGUUGCAAAACGAGAGACCUCAUGGAGAGAACUUAACCAAGGGGGAGGUGCUUAAUGUGGUCACGGAUGGUGUCGCAGCGAGAGAGAGGAGAGAGGGCGGACGCGGGGGGAAAGGGCGCCCAUGGCCCCUUUUCUCACAUUAGGAGAAUCAAUACGCGAUGGCUAACGUUGGGCGGUUCUGUCGCAACCGGGACAGGUUUUACACGCUGAGCAUCAUCCUCGGUACCGUUGCGCUGUCCUACGGGUCGGUGCCCUUCUACAAGAUGAUCUGCCAAACAACCGGCUACGGCGGCCAGCCCGUCCGCGCCCCAGGCCACGGCGGCGCCGGCGCAGAUCCCAACGACCAGGAUUACGACCCGUCGGUGCGCCUGAAGCCCGUGACCUCGGCGCCGCGCAUCCGGGUCACCUUCAACGCCUCCGUGUCCGACAGCCUGCCGUGGAAGUUCACCCCGCAGCAGCGCGAGGUCCGCGUGCUGCCCGGGGAGACGGCGCUGGCGUUCUACACGGCGACCAACAAGUCGGACCACGACAUCAUCGGCGUCGCCACGUACAGCGUCACCCCCGCCCAGACGGCCGCGUACUUUAGCAAGAUCCAGUGCUUCUGCUUUGAGGAGCAGCGGCUAAACGCCGGCGAGACGGUCGACAUGCCCGUCUUCUUCUACCUGGACCCGGACUUGCUGAACGAUCUCAACAUGCGGGGCGUCAAUGAGGUCACGCUGAGUUAUACCUUCUUCAAGGCCAAGUACGACAACAACGGCGAGUUCAAGGCCAUUCCGAUGCCACAGACAGCAUAGAAUUGUCGUAUCAUGACGCCUAGCUCGAGAGAGCUCGUGCGGCUGUACACUAUAUAUAUAAUUGUAUCAUAUGUUGAAAGAUAGACUAAGAGUUUCGGCGCCUGCGGGGGUCUGACGAUUAUUAUUGUAGUGUCGUCAUGGGGACAAUGAAAGACAUUCAAGGGGUGGCCGCCGCAACUUUUGCCAGGCACACUGGAAGAAAGAAAAAGAAAAAUCCAUUCUCGCUAU